AUGCCGCAGCUUCGCGAAAUCAGUUAUUCGCGCGAUCUUACCAUCGCAGCCGUUCGCGACUACUACAAGUUCCUCGUGUCUAUGUAUGUCUCCGAGUCCGAGGUCGUGCAGCCCCCCGAGUCCGGCUGGCCGAGCAUCACUACGGACAACUUUGGGGCCUUGGGCAAGGCCGCCGAAGCCCUGGAGCUGCUGCGCCAUCUCCCGUACAUUCUGGAUCGGGGCAACGGCACCCAGCCUGAAGCGGCGCCAGGCGCGCACUUUGUGGACUACCGUCUAGAGAGCAUGGCCGACAGUCUGCGCCAAGGCGGCGACGAGGUGGAAAGUAUCAGGAUGAAAACGGACGGCGCCGAUACCUGGCAGCAGACACCUCCCCACGUCAUCGGUCUGUGUUCGGCACCGCAUGGCGGCUACUGCUUUCUGCUGGAUACCAAGGCUGGCAUCAUCUACUGGGUCCACUGCCCUGCGUGGGUUCACGAAAACCCUUCGUGGGAACCUGUCACGGAACAAGUCGAGUCACCGGACCAGGAGGAGUUCCGAUCAAGCCCGGCCUGGGCGGUGGAAGACUUCUUCGAGUUACUGAAGGACCAGUUUCGGGCGCUCGUCUUCCUGCCGACCACCGAGGAAACCGUCAUAGAAACCCAUCAAGUUGUCACGGACGAGGAAAUGGAUGCCCUGCCUGUUGUCCAGGGCAUCUACAAGAAGCAUGGCUGGCCAGACCUGGGCACUUUUCAGAAAGACGCAUGCCUAGAGGUAAUCGAGCAGUACCUGGAAGAAAACUGCCCAGAGCUCCUUCAAUCGUCAUAA